UUAUUAAACAGAAUUUUGAACUGUUAAGAUCGCUGAAGAUUUUCUCGUCCACAUUUUUAAGGCACUCACAAAUUAAUUCAACAUGGCUAAAUUGACAUUGAUCCUCAUUGCAGUAUUCUUGUUCGUCCAAUUGGCAAUGUGUGCUACCCGUGAAAAGAGAGAGACCGAAGCUACCACAGCAAAUAUCCUUGACUCAAUCAAGACCGGAAUUGAAUCGACAUUUAGUGAACAAAACAUCAAGAAGGCUGUUGAUAAUUUGAGUGACUUUGGUGACAAGCUUAAGGAUCUCGGAUCAAAAGUCGUGACAAACUUCCAGAAUGCAAUGAAAAAGGAUGACACAACUGCCUAAUUCCAUUUGUAUUUCUUUCAAUAAAGAACUGACUUAAUUUUUACUUGAAUAUUUCAUUUGCUGACCUUUUUUAUAGUAGCUUUGUCAAGUUCAAUCUUUCAGUAAUCUUAGAGAUAAUUAAGCAAGU